AUGUUGCCUGUUCAAGACUUGGUCGCACUGGCCAGGCACGACAACAAGAACGAUGAGCCCCCAACCCAAGAGUCCAUCUUCAACGUCCUCACAAGGCGCCACCAGCUCGGCCUCCCUUACACCCGCGCCGGAACAUCGACUCUCCUGGUCGUGAACCCCAACCAGCCCCUGAACAUCUAUACCGAAGCCAACGGCCAGCUCUACAUCGACCACCAUGCCGCUAAUAAUAAUAACAACAGCAAUAAGCCGACCUCCCCGACCUCAGCAACCUCCACCUCUCUCGAGCCUCAUGUCUUUGAGCUCGCAAGUACCAUGUAUUACCACAUGCGGCGGACAGAGCAGGACCAAGGGGUGAUCCUCAGUGGUCUUGCAGGAUCGGGCAAGACGACUUCCCAACGCCACCUUGUCAAUCAGCUGAUCCGCCUUGGUACUAAGCCUGGCCAUGACUCCAAGAUCGCCACUCAGAUCAGAGCCUCCGCCGACGUCCUCGAAGCCUUUGGCAGCUGUCCCUCCGAGCACGGCCUCAAUGCAUCAUCACACUCCCUCUACCUCGAGCUCCAAUACAAGGCCCGGGGACGCCUCUUUGGCGCAAAACUCCUUCCUUUCAUGCUGAACCAGGAGAAAGUCACCAACGCCCAGAGUGGAUCAUACCAGGUGUUUUACUCAAUGAUUAAGAACGCCUCAAACGAGGACCGGAGGCGACUUCGACUUGGCAACAACAUCAUGGAAUUCCCUUACCUGCCCUACCACACACACCUGGAACGCUCGGAUAGCCAUCGGGAUCUCACACCAGCCCUCUCGGCCUUGGGUUUCAAGCCCAAAUCGAUCUCGCAGAUCUGGGAGCUCUUGGCGGCUAUUUUGCACCUGGGCAGGAUUGACUUCGUAGAUGCCACCCAGGACCCGACCCUCAUGGCGACAAUCCCCAGACAGAGGCAUGUCUUUGACCUGGUUGCUGACCUCCUUGGAGUGGAAGAAGACGCUCUACAACAGGCAUUGUCGUACAAGCGUAAGAUGAUUUCAGGAGACAUGUGUACAGUCAUCUUGGACUCGGCAUCGGCCAAGGGGCAGUGCGACAGUCUUGCCCGCAGCUUGUACAGCCUCUUAUUCACCUACAUUGUCGAAACCAUGAACAAGCAGAUGUGCAGGAGACAGGAGGAGCAGGUCUCGUUCAUCGGUAUCCUCGACAUGCCCGGAUUUGACAGCCAUUCACCCACUGGAUUCGAAAACUUUUGCACCAACUUUUGCAAUGAGGCGCUCCAGGGAUUCGUGCACCAGAAACUCUUUAGCGAGGAUGUUCAGACAAUGGCAGCGGAUGGUCUUCAGGUCGUCGAGCCCCUUUUGAAUGAGCGCAACCAGUCAACAGUUGACCUUCUCUGUGGCUUGGACACCUUGACGGACGCUUCCCCCAGAGGAUUGGUUCGCUUCCUUCAUGAUUCAACUCUGAUGGCCAGCAAGCAGUCGGGCGAUGCCGAGUCGAGCUCUAUGCUCCCAGGAAUGAACCGUAAUUUCCAUUCAAACACCUCGUUCAUCAGUGGAUCGACUUAUGCCUCGUCCUUUGGCAUUCGUCACUACGCCGGUGAUGUCCACUACAAUCUCGAGAACUUUUUUGUCAAGAACCAGGACAUCCUCUCGCCCGACUUUAUUUCUCUGUUCCAGAACUCGAGCAGCCCCUUCAUGGUGCAGAUUCUGGAGUCUAACCCUGCCUUGGUGACGGAGAGCCACCCCCGUUCCAAGGAGACCAUUGUCAAGGCCCAGCUGUCGACGAUCCCUCUUCGUCAGCCCAGCAUGCGUAGAGGCAAGCAGACCCAAGUCCAGGCCAGGAGGAAGGGCAAGAACCACACCACUGUCUCGACCGUUAUCAAGCAGUUGCACUCGACUCUUCGCGACAUUUGUACCUCUUUGGAUGGAUCUCAGCUUUACCAGAUUAUCCACUUGCGUCCCAACAACAGGAUGACCGAUGGUCUUUUAGAGUGCGAUACCGUCUUGAUUCGCUCGCAGAUCGAAUCCUACCAGCUGGGCGCCCUCAUUCAGUCCAAGCUCCGUGCAGAGUACUGUGUGUCGUACGAUCACGCCGGUUUCUUGCAGAGAUACAAAGUCUUGUUUGAGCGCCGCGGAGUUACCUUUGACCGCUCAGGCUCGAACCUGGACCAGUGCAAGGCCGCAGCGCAGGCUCUUGGAUGGGAAUCUCCUAAGGAUGGUGCCAUUGGACGGGAGUAUGUCUGGAUUUCGUUCGCCGCUUAUAAGUCUCUUGAGGAUGGCUGUAUGGAUAUCGAGAAGGUGGAAGGCAAAGGGCUGGCUUUUGAGGCGGAUGCCGACGAGCAGCGUGAGUUUUCCAACUUUAUUUCGCCCGGCGCUAUUCCUCAGCUGCCUACACCUGCGGCCAUGGCCCUCGAUACGCAGUCUCCUUACCGACCCCGAGCAGAGUCGGACGCCUCGGCCAACUCGGAGAGCUACCCUACUGCUGAGUCUACCAGAUUCUUGUCAGACAACCAAAACCAAAUCAGGUUCCAGCACCGUGUUCAAGAACCCGAGUCGCCCGUGUCUGAGAACAGGACCAUCGGCACCCCUGGAACUGAGAGCGACAGGCAACUGAUUUUCCAGAACUACGACACGGGCAGCGCCGAGAUCAAGCGCAAGCCCACUUUGGCGUUGAACAGGACCAAGGCCGACGAGUCCAUCCAGCCUCCCAAGGCCAGGACCAAGACCCGUCGUGCAUGGGUCGCCUUUGUGUGGAUGAACACCUGGUGGAUCCCUUCGUUCACGCUCUCCCUCUGCGGUCGCAUGAAGCGGCCCGAUGUUCAGAUGGCCUGGCGUGAGAAGGUGACGCUCUGCUUGAUCGUCUUUUGGAUGUCGGCGAUCGUCAUCUUUUUCAUUAUCGGUCUCCCCAAGGUCAUCUGCCCUACCUUCAACGAGAUGUACACUCCCGAGUCGAUCAGCUUCCACACCGACCCCGCCGACUUGUGGGUCUCGAUCCGCGGUAUCGUCUACGACAUCUCCAAGUUUGCCAGGAACGACCACUCGGGAUCGAAUGCUGCAACCUACCCCUCGCCCUAUUCGUACGUCAGCGAAAGCGGUGGCUUGGAUCUGACGUCCCAGUUCCCUGUCGACCUGCGCUGGGCUUGCCCCGGCUUGGUGACGGACCCCAUCCUUAUCCUCCCCGUGGAUCCCUACCAGGCACAGCACAUGCCUACUCACGGACCCUCGCCUCGCAAUCUCGAAAACUUCCCUUGGUACCAGUCAACAACCUGGUAUGCCGACACUGCCUUACCCAAGCUGGCGCCAAUGAAGAAAGGCAUGGUUGCCAUUCCUCCCAACGUCUUUGGAAAUCAGUCGGGGCCUUACAUCUGGGCCAAGAUCGACGACAAGAUUUACGACCUGACUGUUUACAUCGCGAACACCGGCGGCAGUUUCAGUAAGGAUCCUUCCUUCAAGGCCUUUAUCAGUACGGAUGUCAUUGAUCUUUUCCAGAACAACUAUGGCACGGACAUCACCAAGGCGUUCAAGAAGCUGGACAAGCAGGUUCAGUCGGACACUUUGACCUGCCUUAACAACGCCUUCUAUGUCGGUGUCCUGGAUGAGCGCGACUCGGCCAAGUGUCAGUUUGGAAACUGGAUUCUUCUCGGAGCGUCGGUUUUGAUGGGAGGAGUUGUCCUGAUCAAGUUCUUAGCCGCCCUGCAGCUGACGUCGAAGCGUGAGCCCAUCCACUAUGACAAGUUUGUCAUCUGCCAAGUCCCCUGUUACACCGAGGGUGAGGAAUCGCUCCAGAAAACGCUUCGAUCCCUGGCUGCGCUGGAAUACGACGACAAGCGCAAGCUGCUGCUGGUUAUUGCCGACGGAAUGAUUGUUGGAUCCGGAAACGAGCUGCCUACGCCCAAGAUUGUGCUGGAUAUCCUUGGAUGGCAGCCCACCGAGGGUGUCGAGGUCGAGCCUGUCACUUAUAAGGCGUUGGGUAUCGGAGGACAACAAUUGAACUGCUGCAAGGUCUACUCGGGUCUGUACGAGUUUGAGGGCCACAUGGUUCCUUAUCUGGUUGUUGCCAAGGUCGGCAUGCCCAACGAGACGGCCAAGCCUGGAAACCGCGGCAAACGUGACUCUCAGUUGAUCUUGAUGAACUUUUUGAACAGCAUUCAUACUGGCAAGAAGAUGUGCCCCCUCGAGCUCGAGAUGUAUCACCAUAUGAAGAACAUCAUUGGUGUCCACCCUAACCUCUACGAGUACAUUUUGCAAGUCGAUGCUGAUACGGAGGUCAUGCCCGAUUCCCUUAACCGCCUUGUUGCUUGCAUGGUUGCCGAUUCCAAGGUCAUUGGUCUCUGUGGAGAGACCAUGGUUGCCAACGAGGACCGCUCCUUCACGACAAUGAUCCAAGUCUACGAAUACUACAUCUCUCACCAUCUUGCCAAGUCGUUCGAGUCUCUCUUUGGAAGUGUCACCUGUCUGCCAGGUUGUUUCUCGAUGUACCGUAUCCUGAGUGUCGGUGGCAAGCCCUUGAUCGUCGCCAACAACAUCCUGAGAGAUUACAGCCAUAACGACGUCGACACCCUCCACAAGCGCAACUUGCUCUCCCUCGGUGAGGAUCGUUACCUGACCACGCUGAUGAUGAAGUACUUUCCCGGCUACAAACUUAAGUUCACACCCGAUGCCACCUGUAAGACUGUCGCACCCGACAAGUGGCGAGUCCUGCUGUCGCAGCGUCGUCGUUGGAUCAACUCGACGAUUCACAACCUGGGAGAACUUAUGGUUCUGUCGGAGCUCUGCGGUUUCUGCUGUUUCUCGAUGCGGUUCAUUGUCUUGAUCGAUCUUCUCGGAACGUUGAUCUUGCCGGCGUCGUUUGUCUACCUCGUCUACCUGAUCAUCAUUGUCGCCACCAAGGCCUCACCUCUGCCCAUCGUUGCCGUUGCCAUGUUGGCUGCUGUCUAUGGUCUCCAGGCAUUGAUCUUUAUCCUCAAAGGCGCCUGGCAGCAUAUCGGAUGGAUGAUUAUCUAUAUCAUUGCCAUGCCAUUCUUCUCGGUCUUUAUCCCCCUGUACUCAUUCUGGCACUUUGACGACUUCUCGUGGGGUAACACCCGUCAAGUUGUUGGUGCGGACGGAAAGAAGACCGUCAUGGUUGCUGAAGCCCAGACCCGAUUCGAUCCCAAUUCGAUCCCGCUCAAGAGUCUUGAGGCGUUUGAGGCCGAGAGGAUGAUGCAGUUGGAGGGAAGCGGAUACUAUAACCCUCACCAUGAAGGGUCAGUCAUUGCCAGCAGCUACCAGGAUGAUCAUGGAUCGGUCAUCAUGCCCCCCUCACGCUACGACCACUCGGGAAUGUUGGGCGGCGGUUUGCAGUCGAACCAGUACACCAAGUUGGAUUCUUAUUAUGGACGGUCUCCCUCACCCUACUUUGACAACGACGGCGCCAAGAGUGUGAUUUCUGGUAUGGGCGGUGAGGAUGUUGUUCACGACUACUACCGCGAUUCGAACGCCAUCAACUUGAACCAGGCUGGACGACACUCUAGAGUUCCUUCUCAGAUCCCUACUGGAUACAUCCCUGGCUCGACUGGUGGUCGUGCCAGCUCCGUUUCGCCUUCCCCCGCACAGUUCUACAACGAGCAGAUGCAACAGCAGCAGCAGCAGCACAUGGGAGGAGGACCAUUUGCCAACCCUCAGGGAAUGUAUAUGCCCAACAACAGCAACCUUAUGCAGAACACUGGACCCCGUGGCUCGAUGAUGUCUGUCCGAUCACCCGGAGAUAUGAUUGAGAUGAACCAGUUCGGGAACCCUGUCGGACUCGGCUUGGCCCCCGUCGGUGGCGUCAGCAUGGGAACUCCCGUGAUGAGCUCUGCCGCCUUGGGUAUGAUGCCCAUGGCCGGUUCGCCUCUCCAGCAACACCAAAUGCUGUUCCAGGAUCCUCAGCAACAGCAGUUCAUGUCAAUGUCUGGAUCCCCCUUGCCAACAAUGUCCAUGGGCUCCCCUUUGAUGGGUGUCAACCAGCUCCACUAUGUACAACAGCAAGGAUCCCCUAUUUCCUCAACCAUGCACUCGCCUCAACUCAUGCCCAACUCUUCCCUCGGUUCCCUCCCCGGAGCUGCUGGUGGCAGUCCAUCGGAUGAGGAACUGGUGAACAAGAUCCAGGACUUGUUGACGGGCGUGGAUUUGAUGACGGUGACCAAGAAGAAGAUCCGUCAGCAGUUGGAGCAGGUGUUCGGAAUUGACCUCACGCCCAGGAGGGACUUUAUCAGUCGUGCGAUCGAUGCCGAGUUGCAGCGACAGAACCAAGGACAUUCCCAGCAGGAUGCUCCCCCUCAUCCUUUGUAA